GAAGGGCACAAGGGGCGACACCACCGGGCGUCACAGCACAGAGUAAGCACCAUGUGCGAUAGCGGUACUUCUGUUCGAGGUAAUGGAGGUGGCAAGUGGUCGACCCUUCGAGACGCAUUUCUCUGUGCGGUGGCAGCGUCCAAAAGAGGGCAUGCCACGGAGACUGGUGGCAACGGGGCGAAUGACAGCACCAUAUCCUCGAGGUUCGAGGGCUUCGUUCUUUUCCCCAGACAAGAGAUUGACCCAACGUCAGCGGUAGCGGCAGCUACACAAACUGCAACGACGGCCAUCCACCCAGGCAAUGUUUGGGCUACGUAUCACCUUCCUGGUGGGAAAAAGGUCACGACGAGGGAAGCUUCGUCAAACGGAAGGGCGGGUGCGGGUGGGGUAACCGUUACGCUGGAUCAGCUGUUUGCGCACCGCGUGCACGGCGUCGACAACACAGGCAACGUCAGAGUAUGGCCGGCGGAGCACGUUCUGCUCCACGUCUUGCUCUCUAGCCCGCUGGCCUCCUCGCUGGGCGGGAUGCGAGUGCUGGAGCUCGGGGCGGGCAUGUCCGGGUUGGCCGGCUUGGGUGUGGCCGCUUGCUUGGACGCGGCAGAGGUUGUGAUCACGGAUGGCAACCCGGACGCACUUAGAAAUCUCGAGGUACAGCAACGUGCGCAUCGUGGCCUUUUCAUUCAAUAA